CUGUCAGAUAACCGUUUCUCUGUCUGAUACUGCUGAGAAAAACAAACAAACACCUGCCCUCUUCUUAUGAAACUGGUGUAUUGAACAUGACACGAUGAUGUGGACAUCCACAUAAGGAACGCCACGGCACAUCAUUAUUUAAACAUUUGAAAUGAGGGAAAGGAUUGUAAGCUUGUUGCUGGCCUCUUUAUUCAGUUGCUUUGCGGCUGAAUAAAAAGUGACAGAUUGACGUCAUUGAGACAGACGCAGAGCGAGCCCCAGCGAAAGAAGCAACCGAGCAGCGGCAGAGCAUCUUCUCCAGCUACAGAGUAGCCUACCUUGCAAACAACAUCCGUAGCCAAGAACCUCUGAGCAUCCCCGGAAAAUAACGAUAAAACAGAUAAAUAACAUGGCCACCUCCUCCUCCCCUAAUCUGGAAGAAGAUGAGAGUCUGAAGGGCUGUGAAGUGUUCGUGCAGAAGCACAACAUCCAGCAGAUCCUCAAAGAGUGCAUUGUCAACCUGUGCAUCGCCAAGCCUGAGCGUCCUAUGAAAUUCCUGCGGGAGCACUUUGAAAAGCUGGAGAAGGAAGAGUCCCAGCAGAUCCUGGCCCGCCAGAAGUCCAACUCUCAGUCGGACAGCCAUGAUGACGAGGUGUCCCCCCCGCUGCCCAACCCAGUGGUCAAGGCCCGCCGCCGCCGGGGAGGGGUCAGUGCUGAAGUCUACACUGAAGAGGACGCCGUCAGCUACGUCCGCAAGGUGAUUCCUAAAGACUACAAGACCAUGACUGCUCUGGCCAAGGCCAUCUCUAAGAACGUGCUGUUUGCUCACCUCGACGACAACGAAAGGAGUGACAUAUUUGAUGCCAUGUUCCCUGUCAUGCACAUUGCGGGAGAGACAGUUAUUCAGCAAGGUGAUGAAGGAGACAACUUCUAUGUGAUUGACCAAGGAGAAGUGGAUGUAUAUGUGAACGGAGAGUGGGUGACCAGUAUCGGAGGGGGCAGCUUUGGGGAGCUGGCCCUGAUCUACGGACCCCGAGCCGCCACCGUCAAGGCCAAGACUGACAUGAAGCUGUGGGGCAUCGACCGGGACAGCUACCGACGCAUCCUCAUGGGUAGCACACUGAGGAAGAGGAAGAUGUACGAAGAGUUCCUGAGCAAGGUCUCCAUCCUCGAGUCUCUGGACAAGUGGGAGCGUCUGACUGUAGCUGAUUCUCUGGAGCCAGUCCAGUUUGAGGACGGGGAGAAGAUCGUGGUACAGGGAGACCCCGGAGAUGACUUCUUCAUCAUCACAGAGGGUACAGCCUCUGUUCUCCAGCGUAGAUCUGACAAUGAGGAGUACGUCGAGGUUGGUCGUCUGGGGCCAUCCGACUACUUUGGUGAGAUCGCCCUGCUGCUGAACAGGCCGCGGGCGGCCACAGUGGUGGCCCGGGGACCCCUGAAGUGUGUGAAGCUGGACCGGCCCCGCUUCGAACGGGUCCUGGGGCCCUGCUCGGAGAUCCUAAAGAGGAACAUCCAGAGAUACAACAGCUUCAUCUCUCUCACCGUGUGA